CAGCACCAACUCCGCCAAUGGCUGUAGCGCGUUCACUCGCCCAGCUUUGGCCGAAAUGCCUAAAGUUUGGCACGUCAUGCGCAGUUUCCCACGAUUCGUUUGCGAGUGACCAAGAAUGAUGCCCCGCAGAAAGUUCUGUUAACGGUGGUAGAAGCAAUGCCGGAGCAUCAUAGGCUGUCUGGAUCACAAUGGUUGCACCUGCGAUCCGCGGGAGUAAGCGGAGACGUCUUGAAGUUGGAGGCCCUGGCCGGCCCCGGAAGGGGCGAGGGCCCGCAGCUUGACGUCGCCCAAUGUUGCGACGCUCCCUUUCCUGGUGACAAAGAUUCGAUUCACCAAUGGAGAAAAGCGAUCGUGUUGCCACGGCCUGAUGCUGAUGCGAUGGACGAGAAAUCGCCUGAGCGCUUCGUCAGUGCCAAGUCCUCCUGGGCUUUGGAUGAGCUGGAGCGAAGCACCAGGCGGCGACGCCUCUAUCAGAUCUUAGCGCAUCAGCUGGGAGCGUUGCUGCUGAGUGUGCUGACCUUGCAGCCGCGUCUGCAGCUCUUGGAGCAACGUUGGGGCCGCAAUGCCACGAAGACCUCCAGACAUCAAAGUCGCGGCGCCAUUCUGGUGGCCCUCAGUGACCUCUUCCUGUCGCCCCUGGUGGGGCGUUUGUCGGACCGCUUCGGGCGGAGGCCAGUGAUGCUAGUGCUGCCAGCCGUUUCGUUGCCAUUGAAACUCCUGGCAGCGUGCUUCCCAACACCACAGCUGCUGCAACUCGACCGUGUCGUGGGCGAUUCGCUCCGGACCUUGUGUGGCACGACCAUGACCAUGUCCUGCCUGGCAGACUUGUACCAAGGGCAGCAAUAUGCGGUUGCUCUGGGAUACCUUCAAAGUGCCACUGGUGCUGCCAUAAUCCUCGCGCCGCAACUGGCCUCCAUGUUGAUGGGCCGCGAGGGUCGCUUUCCCCGGCGCUGCUACAUCUUUGCUGCACUGCUGGCUGUGCUGCAUCUCGCGUUGGCCUGGCGUGGCUUGGAGGAGACAAACCCCAAACUGGCGAAAGAAGAUGCUUCAGGUCCGAAUCGAGACCCUUCAGGUCAGUCAACUCCCUCGGUGGUGGCCGAACUCAGUGGAGUCUGGGGGCAGGACUACAAAGAUUGGUUCGCCCCAGUGAUCCACGUCUCUCAGCUCUUCUCCCGCGGCAGUGCGCUGCGGCAGCGCGCCGCGCUGUUUGUGUUGCACUGCUGCGUGGAGGGCAAGGUGAUCCAAGAUCAAGUCAACUCUGUUCAGAGUCAGCUCCAUUGGGAGGCGGGCAGUCGUUCCAAGUGGAUGUCGCUGCACGGCGCGGUGCUGUCAGCGGGCAGCUUCUGUGGCGACUUGGUGAGGCGCUUUGGGGAACACCAGUUUUUGGUGGCCUGCCAUUUGGCUUCUUUGGGUGGUUUCCUUUGGUUUAAGAGGCAGUUGCUGUGGCUGGGCCUGCUGCCAUUGCUGCUGGGCUCCUCCAGGAGAUUGGUGUCUUCGGCCUGGCUGCUGCAGGAGGGAUGCCAUGCGGGGCUGGGCCGUGGCGAGGUUGUAGGCUUAAUGGCCACCCUACGAGCGGCCUCUGAGGCCAUCUUUUCCUUCGUGUCGCAGAAAGCCUUCGAGCGGGCAGUCAAAGCACAGCAGCCUGCCAAUGUCUUUCUCUUACCGACUGCCCUCAUUUUGCUUUCAGAAGCGGUGCGAACGCGCAUCGCCCUGCGUGCAGAUGUGGGCAGGCAACUGCUGGGCAUCGGCGACAGCUUCUGGUCGGUGACUUUGCAACGGGAGGACUCGGAAGUGUGGGGCAUGGAGUUGGAUCUCUUGGACCCGGCCCUGCUGCAAGUCUGUCGUCUGGUGCCUGACGGCCUCGUCGACCGGUACAAUGAGACGGUCUCAGAGGAGAAACAGAUUCAGGCGGGCGACUUCAUCUUGCAGGUGAAUCGUACCACUGGGGAGGCUUCGGCGAUGGCGGAUCAACUUGGAGGGUCCAAAGUCCGUCUGACGCUGCAGCGACCGCUCUGGCACCGGGUGCCCCUAACAGGGCUCGGCAAAGAACAGGAGCUCCGAUCGGUGCUGACCUCUUUGCCGCAGAGUGUGUCCUUGUACGCCACCAAGAGCAUCUCCGGAGUUCCAGGAAUCAGGCGUCACGACCGCAUCAUGGCAGUGGAUGGCUCGACCGGAAAUCUGCAGAAUGCCUUGGGAGAUGCGCUGCAGCGCUGCGAGCCCUUCGAAGUGAGCCUGGCGCGUCCGGGUGUGCCGGAGGAGCCCUAAA